AAAACUUCAAUAAAUUUCCGAUUUGAUUGUUGUAAAACUUGUAUAAAAUGGUGAAUAAAGAAAAGACAUGUCGUUGCUGCUUACUAGAGGCUGGCGGAGAUAAUACAUUGUAUGAAUUCAGUUCGGAAGUGGCCAUGAACGAGGCUCCCAUGUCAAAUCAAGAAUUCGUUAAAAUUGGGCACUGUUUUACAUUUAUAACAUCAAUUCCAAUAGAGCAGGAUGAAGAAGACAAUUCUAAAAUAUGUUCUGAAUGCUUAGGUGACUUGAAGUGUUCAUAUUUGUUUCAAAAGAAAUGUUUGGAAUCAGAAAAAAUUUAUUCGGCAGUUGAAGAAGAAGAGGAAUACGAGUGCAAAGAUGAUUCCUGGGAAGUUUAUAGUCAAGAUUAUAUCGAAGAGCAUAUUGAAGAAACAAAUGAUGAAGAUACGAAUGAAGAUUUCGAGUCUAAAUAUGAAGAAAAUGAAAAACAACAUAAAAUGGAUGAAGAAGAGGAAAUAGUCGUAGAGAGACAAAAUUUUUCUUGCGAAAUGUGUCCAAAAACUUUCGAUCAAAAGGAAAAUUACAAAAAACAUUUUCGACGGUCGCAUCUAAAACAGGCCCUUGAAGAAUCCGGACAGCUUGAAGAAGACGGGAAAUUGAGUACAAACUCUCGCCUUCUUUGCCAAUGUGAUAUAUGUGGAAAAAUAAACAUAUCACAAGAAGAACAUGAAAAUCAUAUGUUGCAACAUGAAAAGGAAGCGCGCUACAAAUGUCGAAAAUGUGAUGAAAAAUUUUCCUCAAAAAAGGAAGCUCGUGAUCAUUUGAAUGCUGCUCACUUGAAUGAUGAGAAAACCUUUGUGUGUGACACUUGCUCCAAAGCUUUUAAGAAUCGAUAUCAGCUGAUUUUACAUACACGAUCUCACACUGGAGAAAAACCUUUUGAAUGUCAGAUUUGUAAUCGAUGUUUCUCGAUGUCAUCAAAUCUUCAAAAACAUUUGGACACACACAGUACAGAAAAACCAUAUUCGUGCUCAUUUUGCAAUCAGAGUUUCAAAACUCAACGCUCACUGAAGUUCCACACAGUUUGCUAUCAUCAACCGGAAGUCAAAGUUAAAUGUCCGGCAUGUGACAAGAGCUUUGUUAAUAAAUCAUACUUGAAAAUGCAUAUGCAGUAUCACACUGGAGAGAAGAAUUUUACAUGUUCGCUAUGUCACAGUAAAUACUACAAAACAUCACAUUUGAAGCGUCACAUCCAGAAUGUUCAUCUUAAACUUCGUCUCAUGAAAUGUGAUUUUUGUACGAGUGAUUUCGUAAGAAAAGAAACUUAUAAAGCUCAUGUCAUCAGUCAUCAUAAAUCUCACAUGACUGAGCAAGAAUUUGAUGAUGUCAUGGAAAAAAUAAAGAAAUUCCAGCCACCUUCACUCGAUGUCAGUCAAUUUAUUCUUGAACGACAAAAGCCGACCAACGCACAUCAGGUGAUUGUAGGACAAGUCGAAGGUGACACAGUCUUUGAGUUGGAAAUGGCUGAUGAAGAUAAUGCAGCGAUUGAAUAUGAAGACAUUAAAAUUGACAACAAUGAAGAGUAUUACGAAGAGGCGGAGCUUUGCGAAGACGAGCAAUAAAUUACCAGAAAUAAUUUAUUUCCCUCUUAAAUUUAAUUGUAAAUAAAAAUGUUUUUUACUUCUUAUCAAAAUAAAAGUAAAAGAAAUAGCAAAC